GCGGCUCGCUCGUACCGCCAUCGCCAGUUGUGCGCCGAACGCCGUCGGGAAAGGGUGUGUGUCACGCCAGGAAAGCCCACCAGACGGACGAUUUAAUACGGCAUUAAUUUUAAAGAUACAGUAAACUGAAGUGUAGUGUACGGAAAAUAUAUUCGUUGAUAAAUUGUGUGAUAGGAAACGGGAGAUAAUUUUUUUUUUAUUAUUUCCUCAUCGAAGUGGUAAUCGGUAAUCGGAUUACGAGAGAAGAGAAAAAAGGUCCGGAUUAAAAGGCAAAAGAGACCGACGUCCCCCAUCUGAAGGAUCGGCCAUACGCGAAGACCGCCGAGCGAACGAACGGGACGGAUGCAUCUGGACGCGUUUUUGCAGCACGGAUUCAGCCCACGAGAACGAGGAGAGCCGUUCGUCCAGGACGCGAUCCGGGAGGCAGAUCCGCAUGCAGGCCGAUUCAGAAGGGGCGUUCGUCUAGAAGUCUCCGCUUGAGAUGAACCCCCCCUCUUGCAUGUGCCGUUGAAUGCAACGUCCACGUUUCGCUCGCGUGAAUCUGCACACAAGGCCGGAGACGGAUAAGGAAUAGGAGGGGGAAAAUAAAAAAAGCGCCACUAAGAACAAAACGAAGGAAAGAAGUGCCAAAAAUUAACAAGGAAAGCGAAAUUACUGAGAAGUGAGAAGAGAGAAUAAGUGAGACCGAAAACCCCAAAGGAUUCAGUGUAUAGUAGUGUACUGCAGAAAGUGAUAUUGUAACAAAAAAACGUUGUCAUACUGUCUUUUUUUCAACAAUAAGUGUGCCGCAUCUUAAUUUGCAUAUCGUCGUAAGUGCUUUACAAAUCCUCUUUCAACGUUAACAGUAAUAGUGACGUAGUGCUGACGUCUAACAGCGCCUGACGUGACUGUGAAACAAAACCAUUUUUUUUCCUAUUGUGACAUAACGUGUCUUGCUAGGAAGCGCCUAUAAUAUACUCCAGAUAACAUACUACUUAUAUAUGCAUAUUAUAUCCGCAUCAUUCCUUUAUAUUACCCCUUCUCUAGGACGUAAGUUAGUGCUAAACUCAAGUAUGUAAAAGUUACUCGUACGGAUCUAUAUAAAGGACCUCAUAUAGCUGCUAUAUUGCCUUAUAGAGCAUAUAUAAAUAAAUAUAUAUAUUCAUAUAUAUACACGGUAUCGUAGAUCCUAGCUGUCUUCCUCAACGUCAGAACCUCUGGGACUUAGAACGUUAGCGAAGGAGACGCCCAACGUAGUGCUUUUCUCCUGAACACGGUGCGACCGAAGAAAAGGAGAUGUGAUAUGUAUAUGUAUAUAUAGAAGUAAAUUAUAAAUAGGUAUAUAUCGAUAUCUAUAUAACCGCAAAGACACCUAGAAAGUGUAUAGAAAGCCUGGUUGUUUUUUAUUCUGGUGUUUUCGGUGCUGAGGAAACGAGAGGGAUUUCGCAAGAGGAGGGAUCGCCUGCUGUUAGACCCUUCCUGUAGCCUACGCAUUCAGUCCCGUCCUGCUGGUCUGAAGGCUGAGAGAUAUCGAAGGCGCAGGGAAGGAGAAAGGAAGCGAGGAAAGGAGGAAUAACGACACCCAGAGAAAGAGGGGGAAAAGGAUCGAAGAAGGAACGGAGGAAGGAAGUUCUUUGUGCAUUUGUGUGUGUUUUUUUGUUUUUCGUGAUUUUCUGUUUUAGUUUUUGUUUACAUGUGUAGUUGGUGAAGUCUCCGCGAGGACGCCAUGAUCCUUGAUAACAGGCAAGUCCCCGACAUUAUCGUGAGCCGGGAGGGACUCAGCCAGAACAACAACAACAAUAACAACAACGCCCGCAAUGGCAACGGCAGUCCUCGCCACGUGGGCGGCAGAAAUGGCAACGGCAGCCCCAGGCACGUUAACUAUGGCAACGGCAGCCCCAGACACGUAAACUACGGCAACGGGAGUCCCCGCCAUGUCAACUACGGCAGCGUCAGCCCCCGUCACGCCAACUACGGCAGUGACAGUCCUCGGCACGUGAGCUACGCCAGCGCCAGCCCCCGCCACACGCGCAGCGACAGCAGCAGCGAUGGCCGCGACGCCCCCAGCCACAUGUCGCCGCCCCCGGGAUUCAACAACAACGGCAGCCCGAGGCACACCAACAGGAACGGCUUCGGUGGCGGCCGCCAGGACGGCAACGGCAACAGCAGCGACAGUCCGCGCCACCGACAUCACCAUCACCAGCAACAACAGCAACAGCACCAGCAACAACAGCAACAACAGCAGCAACAGCAGCAGCAACAGCAACAGCAGCACCUCCAAGGCAACGGCAACUUCGGCAGUCCGCGGCACAGCACGCGGAGCGGCUACCUGGGCAGCCCCCGCCACCACAGCAGCGGCGGCGGCGGCAGCGUGAGCCCAAGGCACAUGCAGAGGCUGUACAGCUUCGACCAAGGCCAAGGGAGCCCCAGGCACUCGGUGGGCGACGCCGACGACGCGGACGUAGACCAGCUGGAAGAGGAGUUGAGGCGCCAUGAGCAGAGGCAGCAGGAGCAGGUGCAGCUGCAUCUGCAGCAACAUCGGCAACAGCAGCAGCAGAAACAGCUUGAACAGCAGCAUCGACAGCACCAACAGGAACAGCGGCAACAACAGCACGAACAGCAACAGUAUCGUUUACAACAGCAACAGUUCCUCGAACAGCAGCAGAAGCAGAAACUGCGGCAGCACCAACAGCACAAUAAUCAUCCUCAGCAAACUAAUCAAAAGUAUCAAGAACAGCCGCAGCAGAAGCAGUUGCAGCAGCAGAGGCCACAGCCACAGCAGAAACAGCAGCAGCAGCAGCAGCAGGACUGCGUGGAUCGCGGUGCCAGGACGGCCAGCAAGAUCCCCGUGCAGGUGGGGGAGAAGGGGCGCGACAAGGCCAGUUCGCCCGAGUCGCCGCCCGAGAGCCAGCCUGCCCAGCUGGGUCCGGCCAGCCCGAAGAAGGCGCCGCCGAAGAAGGGGCGCGGCCACGUGACGUCGACGCCCGUGCGGAAGGCGGCGGAGCCCGAGCCGAAGGCGCCGUCGGACUUCAAGGCUGUGGUGAAGGAGUACUCGCAGCAGAGCCCCAAGCGCAUCAACCUGCGCAACAAGAACUACAACUACUUCAAGUACGGGCUGUGCCGCAUCGAGGUCAAGGACAAGCCCACCAAGAACUGGCAGCCAUGGCGGCGCUUCGAGGAGGGCGACAAGUGGAGCUCGCCGGAGAACGACAACCUGGAGGUGCGCGACAAGCUGAACACGCACUCCACCAAGUGGAACCGCCAGAACAGGAACUGGUCGUCGCCAGAGCAGGAGGAGUGGGGCGGCGGCGGCGGCGGAGGCGGAGGAUGGAACAUCGAGUGCGACAAGAGCGAGGAGGAGAACGACCAGGUCUUCAUUCCCGACGAGGAGGAGCGGCAGGACGAACACAUGGACGACCAGAGGCAAGAGGAGGAGGAGGAGGAAGAGGCGGAGGAGGAGCCCGUGCCCAAGCGUGAGGUCCGGCGGGUGCCCCGGAGCAGCAGCUACGGCCGGAGGGAGUCCUGGCCCGCCAUGAACGGAAACCUGAUCUCGUUACCCGUGGAGUCCGACCGCGGCCCGAGCCCCCUGGCCAGGGAGCGGGCGGCCAGUCCGCGCAGCAACGAGUCCUCCGUCAGCAACCCCCGCCGGAGCCUCAGCGGGGUGCCGGAGAACAGGAACUACCGUAUCUCGAGUCCGAUCCACCGGGGGGUGAGUCCGGUGCAGCGGGGGGCGAGUCCGAUCCACCGGGGGGCGAGCCCGAAGUGCGUGAACCGCGGGUCGUCGCCGCGGACGGUGGGCGGCAGCCGCGGGCCGAGUCGCGGGCCGAGUCCCCGCUGCGGCAGCCGGUCCAGCGGCUCCCUGGGCUCGCUGGCCACGAGUCCGGCCACAAGCAUGGACUCCCGGAAGGUGGUGGACACGGAGACCGACUGGGACUCCGGCGUGGACUCGGUUACUUCCAAGAUGGUGCUUAUUAGGUGUAAGGACGCAAACUACCUGACGAGGAUCUACCUCGACAAAGAAGGAAUACAUUCCCUGAAAGUCGUAGGGCGAGUGGGAGUGGGCGGGUCCGCGCCAGAUCACGUGAUGAACGAGGGCCAGUCAGGAGCUGCGCCAGGUAACCUCCACUCCAAUCAUCAUGCCUCCAGCGAUGACGUCACCAAAUUCAACGGUGACGUCACGGGCCGCGACAACCUAUCGGAGAACACGGCCAGUUUGAUCAGCCAAGCCACCGACAUCGAGUUCGAACAUGACACCGCCGACUACCAGUGGUUACUCGAUUAUGACCUGCCGUGCGCUAGGUAUCGCGAGAGUUACAGCCGCGAGGUGGGGACGGCGGCGUCGCUGUGCCCGGGGCGCGACGGCUCGGGGCGCGUGUCGGUGCUGGAGCCGAGCCAGGGCCAGCUGCAGGACCUCUCCUACGAGACCCUGGCCAGGAACCUCGACGCCAACCUCGCCCAGAUCGACAUGGACGACUUCCACAGCGAGGACAUACACAACAUCCUCACGCUGCCCACCAUGUGCGGGGAGUUCCAGUCCCUCCUGCAGAGCGCCGAGGACGGAGAGAUGUUCGCCAGCGUCUCGGGCUCCAUGAUGGACCGCUACGACCUGGACUCGUCCGUGUCGCCGCGCUCCUCCUCCCACUGCGACCGGGAGGAAGAAUGCGACGAGGAGGAGGAGGAGGAGGAAGAGGAGGAGGAGGAGGAGGACGAGCGCGAUGGCGGCCACCGCGGCGACGGCCGGAGGGACGACGAGCUGGAGGCGGAGGGCGAGGAGGAGGAGUACAGCGGCGUGAGCGGGGAGCUGUCCCUGUACCAGUCCGGGCCGCUGUUCUCGCCGCUGAAGGAGCCGCCGCCGCUGGCCAACACCACCUUCAGCGUGGACUCCCUGGACUGCGACUCCCUCCACGACGACCUCAUCCUCACCUGCCAGGCCAACAAGGACAACUACACCAUCGCCUUCGAGGGGUCCUUCGUGCAGUACUCCGAGGACUCCGACUACCACGAGGCUGUAGAGAGCGAGUCCAGCGGCUGCAGCCACCACUGGUCCGGGGAGCGGCUGGAGGGCCGCUGCUCCGCGCCCUCCAUGACCCACUCGGACGAGCCCUACACCACCUGGUCGAGAGUGAGCCGCAGGUCGUCGCGAACGCCGGAGGUGCCUUCGAGGGCAACCAUCGCCCACCCUCAGCCGGGAGGAGGCAGCCGCGGGGCCGAGAGCGCCAAGCCCCCGGCCCAGGGCCAGUCGAGCAGCAAGAGCAACAGCAUGCCCAACCUCAUGCGGCGCUCGCUCAUGCGGCGGUCUCUCGAGGCGGCCGGAGGGUGCGUCAAGGUAUUCGACCUGCAGAACAGCAUGAGGUCCAGCCAGAGCAGCAGGACGAUAGGGAACGAGGCCAGCAACUUCUCGCUGGUGAAGCUGUUCAUGCGGCAGAAGAGCUUGAGCAAGGAGGCCGUGAGUCUGUCGUCCAGCAUAUCGCAGGAGGGCGCCUGCUGCUCCAGCUCGGACAACCAGUCCAACGUGCACGACUCCUCCGACUGGCCCAUGAACAGCCAGUCCGAGAACGACAUGGACGGCAGCGCCUCGCCGGUGCCGCCGCCGACUCUCAUGCGGCAGAACGGCGUGGUGUACCACGAGCGCGGCUUCAGGCGGAGAAGAGGCUCCCUGGGAGCGCCGGAGAUAACGCCGAGAGCCAACAACGUCACCUCGAAUCUGCAGGACUUCAGCGCGGACACCACCAACACGGGCACCACAGACACAGCUGCUAUCACUGCCAAUGCCCAGCAAGACGGGCUCCUAAACAACAACAACAACAAUAUAAUAUCUGCAGCAGCAGUGCUAGACAACAACAGCGUCCAGCUCACGAACACCAUGGAUAACGUGACCAGCUUUGAGGACAGCCUGAAGGAGACGAGUCCCUGCUCCAAGCCGCCCGUCACCAGCCCCAUUCGGGAGGAGCCGGAAGGCAUGGACAUUUCCAUGGACAGCCGAGGGGAGAGCAAGGUGCUCCUCGACCAGUCAGAGAAGGAGACGAAGAUUGCGGACGUGCUCAGGCUCAGAGACAACAAGCUGAACAUGGAUAAGAACAACAUGUCUCCUAUCAAGAACAUUGCCGGCAAGGACAAUGGAAAUAAGAACAUGAACAAGAAUGCCUUCAACAUCCGCGUGGACGAGCGGAAGAGAUCUCAGUCACCGGGGACGCCCAAGAAGAGUGGCGGCAGCAACCGCCGCGAGGGCCCCAACAGCACGCCGCGUCGCAGACAAGACUCCGGCAACUCCUCCAGCGGCUACCUCUCCAACAGGGGCUCCACAGAGAAGAUCAGGAGACCUUCAGACUCUGACACUCCCCAGCAGAAGCCUCGACCGAAACCCCGAGUGCUGAAGCAGAUGUCAGACCAGUGCCUUCAGACUUCCAACAUGAAGGUGUCUGCAACCGUCAACACAAGCUUCGAUUUCGACAAGAAAGAAGUCUACGUUUAUUAUCCAAAUUAUGCCUUACCCGACCUUGCGUUCCUCAAGGAUAAGAAAUACUGCAUGGACGCCCGGGUCUUCCUCGUCCCUCAGCACUACCACAUUCGGCCUGAGGAGGUGAGGCGGGCCAGGGAGGCCAGGGCCAGGCGCCCCUUCUCGUGCGGAGACAUGGAGAAACUCAAGAAGCACGGAUUCAGCCACAUUCGGGACUGGGAUUCUCUGAACUUCCUGCUGCCAAAAGAACUGAAGGAAAUGCUGCUUGAUGAAACAGAAUGCAUGGAAACCACAAAGCCCUCGUUCUGCCAGUCCCCGAAGCCCUCCCGGCGCCCCAUGAGCUGUGAUUACACGCCGCAGAGGUACUCGCACGAACUGAAGGGCUCCGCCAGCAGCAACUCCACACAGCCUUCCUCGGGCUUCAGAGGGUCCUCUACGAUGCUCAAUGACUCCGAAGGGGAAAAUGGAGGCCUGGACCAGAGAUACGUUUAUAAGUAUGACAGUGCCAGCACAGACUCGGAAGGCAUUGAGAAGCCCCCGCCCUUGCCCAAGAGGUCUAUAUCCCUACCAGUCGAGGAGAGACACGGGCCAGACGAUCCAGAUACGCCUCCGCCUCGACCACCUCUACCGCGGGGCAUCCUGCGAAAGACUUCUUCUCUGAAGGAGGACCCAUCAAAGGGGGCCGGAGGCCACAACAAACGCUACAGUGCAAUUGAUCCGGGCAGAGGCAACAUGAGGGAGGACCUGUUGAAGAGGAGAUCCUUGCAGGAGCCCAUGGAGUACAUGGCACACAGGAACGCCAGGGAGACCAUCCCCGAGGUAGGUGCCCAACAGCCAGCACAGCAGGAAGUGGAGAAGGAGCGGGCGAUGAGUCCUCCGUCCCCCAUGGGAUGCAGCUGCGUCAACCAGUGCACAGGGUUCUGUGGUAAGGGUCUUCAGAAGAAAAAUCUGCUAAGGGUCAGUGAGCUGCCAGACAUCUCCAGCCACGAGGACCUGACGGAGGAUGACCUUCUCCGCAUCAGGUCACAGGUCAGCACCUUCCUCGUUACAAAGGGAACCAGCCUAAGUCCUAUUAUGGCCGAUGUGAACGGGCCCUGUGACCUCUGCCCGAAGAAGAGUGUCAGCUUUGCAGAAAAGACGCCCAACGCCGAGGUUCCCCCAGGAGGACUUAAUGCCGACGGGACCGAAGAAGACCCGAGGCCGAUGGUCUACGACGCCCACGACAAGAAGACCCUCGUGCUGUCCGUUCGCGCCGCCGUGGAAAAACUAGUCACCCAUUUCUCCACUGCUUCGUCACAGCAAGAAAAGAUCAAACUAGGUACAAGUUCCCUGAACCCAACCGUGGCCCAGAUAGCCUUAGAAAAGCUGUGUCCUGCCGUGUACGCCCUCCUGAGCGACGGGCUGCACCCCUCUCUGCACUCCCUCUUCGGCAAAAUCAACAACUCUGUGUGGCGAGUCGUCGAGGUUACCAGUCAAAUCAGUCCCUCCACAAAGGCUCUGAAUGACUUGGUGUUGACGUUGAACAGCGAGGAGUGCCUCUCCGAAGGUCCGAUCAAAUUUAAUGCUUUCGUCUUUGGACUACUUAACAUCCGUUCCUUGGACUCCUGGAUGAGUUACCUCCGGACGCGAGAGAGCAUCAUCCAGAAGCACUACCACCCCGAGGCCUUCCUCUACCUCUCCAACACAGCCACCAGGUCCCUCUACGACGACCUGCUCAUUGCCCUCCGGCCGCUCGCCAUCCUGCCCUUCAACCUCGACCUCCUUCAUGAAUACAAAGCCCUGCACGCCAGCCUGCAGAAGAUGGAGGAGAGGCUCCUUCAGCACACGAAGGAGAGCCCGGGAGAACGCCCUCCAUCAGUCCUGGACCACCUUCUGGCCUCGAAGGAGACCAAGGAGUUCAAGAACGCGGUGCAGCAGGACAGAGUGAAAGCCCUCAUGCGCGUGCUCACCUCCCCGGACCUGGACGAGAACGAGCUCCUGCAGUCUAUCACAGACCACACUCGGGAGAGGUCCCGCAGUCCCAGACCGAGGUCGUGCUACGAACACGUGGCGAAUGAGGAGCAGAACACGACACUGAGGAAGCGAUGGAGUGGAGUCCAACUUGGCUCGAGGCUCCUCACGGCUAUUGAUAAGCUGAUGCUUGAGGAAGCUGGCCCUUCAUCCAGCGACGACUACACGGACUCCAUUGAUAACCCCAAGAACAACCAGCGGCCCAGCAAUGCCCGGGGGCUGGAAGGCUCGGAAGAGAAUCUCCAGACAGACCUGAAGGUCAGUGAUAUUUCCAGUAGAGAUGGAGACAUUAGCGAGAGGUCGGCGUCAGAGAAGGACACGGAGAACGAGAAGGGGGCCCGUGCAUGUGCGAACAACGAUGAUGACGAUGAGGAACCGGAAGGAGUCAGGUUCAGGCGCUUGCAACUCAAAUGGGAACAAAUGGCAGGGCCAGAGAAGAAAGCACCUCCCCCUCCCAAGGCACCAGCACCCACAGUGCCUGAGAAAGCUGUCAGUCCCAGUAGUGGCAGCAGGUCCAGAAUACCCAGGCCUGUCAGCAUGACUUCCCCGCAGCGUCCCUUCAAGCCUUUCGACCCAUCGAAAGAGAAAACUUCACCCCAGAUCAAACCAGCACUCAUGCAAAAGCAACACUUGAACACAGCACCAAAGGAAUUGCCAAAGCCAGCCCCGAGAAGGUCCCUGAAGGACAAGUCCUCCGUUCAAAACAGUCCAGAUGAACCCAGCAACACCGCGGUGCGCCCCCCAUCGGUGCGGUCGCGUCUGGCACCGCGGCCCAACUCCGUCAACCUCAGCCUGGCCACCGGUCGUGCCUCUUCAGUACCAGGUCGUGUGCCGAACACCGGAGACAAGACCAACAAUGCCAGUGGCAGGUACGAUGGACAGCGUAGGUAUGCCGGGCAGCAGCGGUCGGCCAGCCACGGGAGACGUGUGGCGCCAGGAGAUUCACCCAAGUUGGUGCAGACGCUCCACCACCGCAUGGCGACGGACAACGGCCACCUCAGCUUCAGCCGGGGGGACAUCCUGACGCUGGUCGUGGAGGUGGACGACCGCUACCUCCUCUGCUGCCACAACGAGCGCAAGGGACUCGUGCCAAGGUCCUCCGUCAUCGUCUACGAGGCAUGAGGAUCGGCGUCGCCCGGAGGAAACGAGCGCGAGAAACAGAGAUAGAUAGAUAGAUAUAGAGAACGAGAGGAAGAGAGAUUAAUGAGUGAGCGAGAGAGAGAGGAAGAAAUGUAGAAGAAAGAAAGGAAAAUGAUAACAUUGUGUGCCUGAUGAUGAGAGAAGGAGGACGCAGACCAGGCUCUCCUCUGAAGCAGUUCGGGUGCUGUGGGACUCGAAAUUUAUUGGGUAAAUAGCUUAGUGCAAUAGUAGAUGUUCGAGGAAGGUGUCUUUGAUAGGAAAUUCACCCCCCCCUCCUCGUCCACCCUCCACCCUCCUGUGUGUUGGGAGAAAUGUAUUAUCAGUUUUAAUUAUGUACAAAUCAAUUGAGGCUAUCCAAGAAAAGAAUAAAUUACAGUAAAAAUUUCAUGACCAGCAACCAUUCCUUUAAGAAAAAGAAAUGAAUGUAAUUUAUGAUCACUGAGCUUAGAGCUAUGAUAUAUUUCGAGGAAGCAGACGGCAAGAGGACAAUUGCUAGCAAUGCCAGUACAUAUAGCUUUUAAGACCUUUUAUAUGCUACUCACAAAACCUGCAACAAACACUUUAAGAGGAAACUGUACAUGAUUUUGAGUAGUAUUUUCAACCUUAUGCACAUAAUCCUUCCUGUCAUUUUCUCACUGACGACGAAAAAAAAGAAAGAAAAAAUAUUCAUUACUUUUAAGAAUUCUUCGAAAAAAAACCUUAAAGAAAGACCGUGAAAUCCAAAAAAAAAAAAGGAAUGGCCGAGACGAGUGACUCCGCUGUCUUGCCAGAUGUUUCCGCUCUCCCAAAGCUCACGACAAAGGCUACGGUAUCCUUCCUCAGUGUUGUCUUGAGGGCGAUACGCAGAACCUCAAAGUCCCCCAUAAGUUUGGCAUAUGACACUUAAGGUUUUCGGGAAUCAUUAGAGGCGUUCUUUAUGGAUGGAAUAUACUGUGACAUCUUCUUUUAUACUCGUUCAUUUUUUCUUUCUCAGUGAGAUUACCCAAAUUUUACAGUCUUAGAAUCGUCAUUUCUUCCCCCCCCUUCCCCCCCGUUUCGUUUCGUCAUUCAUUUUGUACAGAAUCCGUUCACUAGCAUUUAUUUCAAGGGGAAACACAGGUAAAACACUAACAACUUGAUGAAAAUGAUAUAACGCUAUGCAGAGGUAAGGCACGUUUUUCUACGGUCGCUAAAGGUUCAUGUAGAUAUUUUAAACGCUUGGCGAAACCAAAAGUCAAUCUUUUCUUGUAGAUUUUACUUAAUGGGUAUUUGAUCUCAGUAUGUGAUAUUGUAAGUUAUGUAUCCGUAUUAAUUCUGUAAAUAACAAAGCACAUUUUCAAAAAAUCUUUACAGUAUAGCACCAUUUGCACUAGAUACAGUUGGCUCUGAACACAUUUUUCUUUUCCGUACAAUACCAUUAUUUUAUCUUUAUGUAUUUGCUCUCCUAUAAGUUAAUUAUUGAAUUAUGAUUUGAACCUUGAUAAUUCCAGCAUCAAAGCAUUCCUCCCCAAUGAAACGCUAUUACAGAAACCUGAAUUAAUAAGAGCGUGUGUCCAGAGCAUAACGUGUAUCGCUGCACUUCCUACCCUCAGUGUCCGGGUUACGUAGCAGCGUUAGUGGCUGUUUGGUUCUGAUGGGUCAUGUUGAGAGACUGGCUAGUUCUGCACCCUGUUAUUGCUUGCCUUGACACUUGUUAUUUUUCCAUUGCUUUUUAGUUUAAAUCUUCAGGUGAUCUUUACUUUAUUUUGCAUCUUAUGUUAUUCCUCUUGGUUCUAAGUUAUUGGCGCUUUGAUUAUAAGAGUUGGUAGGUAGGGACGUAUUUUUUUUAUCAGCUUUUAGUUCACUUUUAGUAACCUUAGCCCAAUAGCUUGGUUGAUCCAAAUUACUAUUUUUAUGCAGUAAGUCUGUUUUUUUUUAUUUUCUUAUUUGUCAUACAGACUGGACUUAAGCCUAUAUGUUUUUUAUAUCUAUAUUAACAUUUUUUACAACUGUUUUAAAGAUAAUUUUCAGCUUUCACUACUGAAUGCUGAAAUUUUUAAAAUCUGCUUUUAUUUUACGAGGAACUAACACCUUGUAUAGUUAACCAGCUUCCUAUGUCCAAGCUGGUUGUGAGUAACUAGGCUUAUGGUCUUCUGUUGAUAUUUUCUCCUCUGUUGCCUGCUACUUCUCUAGCCAGUCCCUCAGGGGUGACACAGACAGUAAGGCCGAGUAUACUACGGUAUACUACAAGGAACUUACUAACUGUCCCUCUUACUAAAGUUCAUAGCUUCCUUAUCCUUCCCUGCAUGCCUCCGGCGGGCUGUCGCGGGUUUGUCUUUCCUGUCUGUAGCUAGUUUUAUCUCUCUGCCUUGGGUCUUUAUUUGCUUUGGUAGUCAGGGCUCUCCUCUUCCUGUCUAAGGGAAACCUCAGGCGGCCUGCGUUAUGUUUUUUUUUGUUUGGGGUUCCAUGUGGUUACAUACCGUAGUUUCUUCCUGCCUUGCGAAUUCGGGAAGACAUCGCUGUCGCGGCUUCAACCCAGCACUUUUAUUUUCCCACUGUAAGUAUAAAGUCGAGAUUUGAAGGACUGUAUGAUUUGGCUCCGAAAAUUUCAAUGGUGGAAAAUUCUCUUUUUCUCUCUAAAUACAAUUUAUUUUUUUCGUACUACGUCUCGUACCAAAAUGCCAUCCAAAGAGAAUGACGAAUGAUCCCGGCGCAGAAAGAAUUUUUAUAACUAUUCCAACUGUCACUGUUGGCCUCAGCAAUGCCAGCUGUUCAUCUUUUACUAGUAACUAGACCUUUUACCUUGUAGAUGUGAAGCCUAGCAUCUCUGUGUUGUAGUAGAUCUCUUGUGUAGAUUCCCCCCUGAAUUGGUUGCAGUUUAAGGAGUUGCAAAGAAUCUGCAGUGUUUUGUUUCCAUCACCCAUAGGUAAUGUUCCAGAGUAGCUAGUAAGUCUGUGUUUCUCCUUGUGAUGUAUAGAUACCAAGUCAAAAAAAAGAUGUAAUUAUUGUGUAAUGAAGGGAAAAAAACAAGAAUUCUUUUUAUGUAUGCUUUGUGUAAUUAAUAGGUGCAUUGUUUCUGUACAUUUUGAUAGCUUUGUUACUUAUUUUGUUGCUAUUUACCCUAGGAAUUUAGGGUUGAAAUCAAGAGUCGGAUAAGAAGCUUUAUUAUUAAGUAUAACGGAGGGUGCCUAAGUCUUGUUUCUCUAUAUUUUCGUAUGACCAAAGAAAUACACAAAACCACUUAAAACUUUGUACAUUUUAUGUAGAAUGUAAAAAUUGGUUUGUAGAUAUUACAAAAAAAAUAUACAUUUGGUUAAUGCUUUAAUGUAAAAUAAUAAGUUGUAUUGCUAUUGCUGAUAUAUGGUAGGUCAUUAUUUUUCUUGCCAGUACUCGUCGGACAGUCGCAGCACGGACAAAUUAAGCCGAGUAUUCCCGCAAAUUAGUAACUCUGUCUUAAUUAAGCGAGGGUUGGCAUCAUUAGGGUAAAGUCUCCUGAGGAUGUUUACAUUAUAUACAUGUGUAAUAUUAAUAUUAUUAAUAAUGAUAAUGGUAAUAAUAAUAUUAUUAAAAUAAAAAAAGGACGAGACAUCUAAUCCAAGUCUCUUCACGGUGGGUAGUUUGGCUUAUCACCAUCCUAUUGUAUGUAAUGGUAUUCUCAUGUUAAAAAUAAAGCCACCGCGUCUGUUUAAAGUUUAAUACACGAGUCAAUAUAAGAAACAAUAUCCCUCGUAACAUAACCAGAAAUUGAUGGUCAGUAGUGAUGUUACACAAUGGAUUUCUGCACCUUCGGUAAAGCGAAUUUCGUAUGAUUUCAACAAGAUGGGAAAUUGUGCUUUACGAAGGGCUGGUGUAAGGGUCAUGGUUGCUGAUCACCCUACUGUUAUGCAUGUCUCCUGUCUGUCUGCUGACGAAAGCAGCAUUUUGGUUUCCAUAUUCACUGCUCUAUUAAUAAGGUGAAUAAAAUAUUGGUCAGGUAAA